AUGGAUGAAAAUUUCCCGUGGAGCAAAAUUUGCGACGCACACUCUCACCUUCAGAAUGACGUAAAAAACCAUUCGAGGAUAGGAGAGUUGAAGACUUCUAGAAUUUGUAUGAUGGGUUAUAAAUUUGAAGAUUUGGAUGUUGUUUCUAAACUGUCAAAAGAUUUUCCUGAUAAAAUUAUUCCGUCCUUUGGCUAUCAUCCUUGGUUCGCUCAUUUAUUAUCGCUUGGAGAAUUUACUUCGGAUCCACACGCACAUUAUUGUUCAAUUCUUAAUGGCUCGGUUUCUAAGAAAAACACAUCGUCAACGACAGAAGAUAACAAUUUAGACACAUUGAUCUCUUCACUUCCCCCUCCAAUUCCAUAUUCCUCUUGGCAUGGAAAACUCGAAUCCCUGAUAGAAUCUCAUCCUGGAGCACUCGUGGGUGAAAUCGGAUUAGAUAAAUCGGCAAAGUUAACUCUUCCAUCUUCACCCGCGAAGCAUAAGAGAGCCGUGAGUUUACAUUGCGUACAAUCCACUGGUCAAAUUAUGCAAUUGUUGGAUCGCAAGGUGUUGGAUAAACAACCUUUACCUCCGAGGAUUUGUAUGCAUUCAUACGGAGGAUCAGUUGACACCAUUAAGGCUCUAACCGAAACCCAACCAAAGAAGAAGAAAAAACUUCCGGUGCAAGUCUAUUUCUCCUUUAGCAUAGUCAUUAACGAGAGAUACAGUAGAUUACCAGAUCUGAUCAAGGCUGUCCCUGAAGACAGGUUGUUAAUUGAAUCGGAUUUUCAUUCUCCGGUUGGACUGGAUGAUUUGAUGGAGAGAAUUGUUAAGCUUGUUAGCAAUGUUAAAGGAUGGACACCCGAAUUUACUGUUGAAAAAUGCAAGGAAAAUUUUUCGAGGUUCAUUGGAGAGUCACAGUGA